UCUGAUAUCAACCCAGAUAACCAUACCUUUUCUCGGAAAAAGAAACCUAAAAUCGUUCCUAUUAUCUAUAAAUAAUCAACCAAUAGUAAGGUAAAGGCCUGUCAUGACGUCACUUGGAUUCUCCGGGAAUAUGACCAUAAAUAGAUCUAUGUCACUAUGUAAUGGUAUUUAACGAAGGGUAGGCGCUAGAAAGGUCCAUAACACGAACGGCCAUAGGCAUCAAGUCAGGUUACAAAAUGUCCAACCAAGACAUAAAGGUCACUGGAGUGGCAGGAGGCACAGUGGAACGGCCCAAUGCUGCUGGUAUCGUCCACGACGGGAUGGGUCAUAACGUCACGACCACUCACAACCAAGGAAGUCGAAGCAUCAAAAACAAGGGUAAUAUAGGUAAUAUCGCCACAGGUGACAACCACAGCGGGGCUAUGUCUGCUUCAGUCGGUGGCCCGACUAGAGGCACAAGAGGUCCAGACAUCGAGCUGAUGACAGUCGAAGACGUUCAGAAUCUGAUGAUAAGAGAACGUUUUCCUGAAUCAGUACGGAAGAAAAUUGAGGAAAACGGCAUUGAUGGCAAAUACUUCGUGAACCUUUUGGAAGACGGCGUUUUGGAUGCGCUAGGUAUUACGUCACCUCUUGAUAAAAUGAAGAUAAAAACAAUUCUGGAAAAAAGUUCGAAAUAAUCCAGUUGACUACUUCAUUGAUGGUCACAUUUCGGGUUGACUCUGUUUAAACUUUUAACAGUGUGCAUGGCAUGAAACAUGAACUCUGAAAGUACCAGAGUAUUAAGUGAUAUUGAAUGUCAUUCAUCACAUCAAAGUAAUAUUUGUUUUAAUCAUACAAAGUAUUAUUAUGCAUCCUAUCAUCAUCAAAUGAUGUUUUGUUUUUAAUAAAAAGUACUCAUUUCUCA